AUGCUCGACAUCGCAAUCAUCGGCGGCGGCAUCGCCGGUCUCACGACCGCAAUCGCGCUCCGGCGGGCGGGCCACGCCGCGACCAUCUACGAGAGGUCGGCGCUGAACAACGAGAUGGGCGCCGCCAUCAACGUGCAGCCCAACGCGUCGCGUCCGCUGCUGGCGCUCGGCAUGGACCCCGCGCGCGCCAGGCUCGUGGUGGCCGAGGGCAGCCGGCGGGUGAGGGGGGAUACCCUGGAGCCGGUCCACGAACUCGACCUGGGCGCCAUCGGGGAGAAGCAUGGCUCGCCGUGGUACUUUGCACACAGGGUCGACCUGCACCAGGAGUUGAAGCGCAUGGCCACGACGAACGACGGCGGGCCGCUCAUCACGUUCAAGUUGAGGAGCGAGGUCACGCGCUAUGACCCUGAAGGGGCUCGGUUCAGUCUUCGCGACGGAACCGUCGUUUCCUCCGAUCUGGUCGUUGUCGCAGACGGCAUCCACAGCGGCGGCGUCGAGGCCAUCCUCGGAUCCCCCAACCCUGCGUUCCCCGCGGCGCACGACAACUUUUGCUACCGGUUCCUCAUCCCGAUGGCAGAUGUGCUUCAUGACCCGGCCACGGCCGAGUUGUUCGACGGCGCAGCGGGUAGCGUGCGGAUGUUUCUCGGGGACGGGAAGAGGAUAGUGACUUAUCCAUGUCGAGACGGCGAGGUACUUAACUGCAUCGGCAUCUUUCACGAUGAAGUCGGAUCAUCAAGUAAAGAAGGUCAGCUUGUGGAAUCGAGAGAGAGAGAGAGAGAGAGAGAGAGAGAGAGAGGCCACCGCCUCUCCCUCGCCCCGAAGCCAAAGAAACCAUGCCUGACCAUUAUCCCAGAUUGGCACAACUCCGUCGACAAGUCUCUUCUAGCAGACCGCUUCUCCAGCUUCCAUCCCAGCGUGCUCUCACUUCUCGACAAGGCGAGUGAGGUGAAGCAAUGGCCACUGUUGUACAGGGCGCCUAUCCCGACGUGGAGGAAAGGCAGGAUGGUUCUCAUUGGAGAUGCCGCCCAUCCCAUGCUUCCCCACCAAGGUCAAGGGGGUGCACAGGCUAUCGAGGACGGCGUUGCCCUCGGCGUCUGUCUAUCGAACGUCACUUCAGGGGCCGACGUUCCAGAAAGACUCGAAGUUUUCGAGCGCAUCCGCAGGAACAGAGCCAGCGCGGUGACGAUAUUCAGCAACGCGGCGCAGGACGAGGCGGAGAAGAUCAGAGAGGCCGCCUCUCGGUUUGUCCCGGCCGAUCGUAUUCCGAGUGAGUUUUCUAGCAUUGACACCGGCGACAAGGAGCAUCGACGUCUUCUGACGCUGGAGGCAGCAAACCCAGAGGGCUUUUAUGACUUUCACUUCGACUACGACAUCAUCGAGGACUCGGUGAAACACAUGCGGACGCUACAUGCGGGUUUCAAGCUCCCAGACUCGUUUCUCCAAUGCCAGGUCAGCAAUUGA